GAGGAGAUGUUUGGAGUUAAAACAAGGACGCUGAGGAGCGAAGAAACUAACCACUUCGCAACUUUCUGGGGCCACCAAAGCACGCUCCAGCCUGAAACAAAAAUACAGUGAAAUACACCUAAAGGUUUCCUCAGAAGACGUAGGAGUUGACUUUAAAGUGACUUUUUGAAACUGGAGCUACUUCCUUGUUCGACUACGGGGUGAAAUAUCUCAACAUCCUCACAAAGAAACUUUUGCUUGCUAGGCUGCUAACUCGCACACAAGCCAGAGGGAAAAAAAAGAAAAGAGUAUUAUCACCGCCGGAGACUUGCUCUCAAGCUGUUAGUAACGUUUCAUCUGUCGAGCUAAGUGUCGCUGGUAGUUUCUUUUUACUUGGAAAUGGUGUUUAAAAGAUCCGAGACUGACUUUUGUAACGGUUUUUGAGUAGUCAUCAUCACUAGAGGAGGAAGGGUUGCAGCUGGUAACUUAGCCAGUGCUUCCACACAGCGCCCCCAGAUCUCCCCCAGGCAGGACAUCCAUUAUUAUUUUCACUUGUUUAGGAGGCGAGUAGUCACACAUUUGUUGCUGGAAAAGAUGUCUGGCCGAAGUGGAGUUGGACAGCACCGGGGAGCUACUUUGGGUCCACAGCCCCUCAAGGCUACUAUCCCCUAUCAGCUGGCCAGCAAGCCUCGAGCACACCGAAGGGAUGGAAAGUCAGCUGGAAAGGCCAAACCACACCAGCUGAGCUCUGGCAUGAGGCGGACAAUGUCUCUUGACGCCAUCAUCGGGCCGUACCUGCAGGGACACUGGCCGAAAGAACCGGAGGGCCAGAGCAGCCUGUCUCGCAAGGACAAAUCCACCCAGACUCCAGACUCGUGGUCCGAUAAACCCCAGAGCAGGAGAAGUAGCAGCAGCCACAAACGAUCAGCGUCAUGGGGCAGCGCUGAGCAUCUGCGAGAGAUCGCUAAACUAAAACAACAGCUGCAGCAGCGUGCCAAACCUGCAGUCUCAGGGGGGCAUGACAAAGACCGCCAGCGUGGCUAUCCUCAGGGGUGCUGUAGCCUGGGAACUACUCAGACUCAGCCAAUUCCCAUCCCCCUUGCUCCCCUGUCGACACUGGUCCCUCGACUGCGGUGCAGUGUGGAGGGCCUCAACCAGGAGCUAGAAGGCAUGUUCAUCUGCCAGCCGCCACUUCCUCAGCACAGGCUCCUUGAGGUUCCGGACGGCCACCGGGCUCCAGUCCCUCCGCAGAGCUGCAGCAGUGGAUCUCAGAGUGACUCCGCCACCACACCCCUGUCCUCGUCUUCCUCUUCACCCUCCUCACCCUGCUCCCCUCCUUCCUACAUCUCCACCUCCCCUCCCAACUCUGAAGAUGCACCUCUGGAUCUGCACCAUGCUUUGAUAGACGGUGCAGAGAUCUGCCUCCUGUCUCCGUUUUCCACCCAGAAUGAGACUGACCUCUCCCUCCCUCUCCUGACUUCGUCCUCCCCAGGGCCCAACAAAAGUUGCUGCUUCCAGAGAGAACCUCCAGAGGGCUGCGAGAAGGUCCGGGUCUGGGAGGAAGCCAGCACUCUACACCAACUCAAGCCAGCCCUCAUCUCCUCCUGCCCAGACCCCAACAAGGUAAACUUCACCCCCUAUGGGGGCUCAGCCUUCUGCCCCGUCAGCCUCCUCAAGCCUCUGCUCCCUUCCAUGGACCUGCUGUUCCGCAGCCUCGCCAUCUCUCCGGCAGGCGGUUGCUCAAGCCAGGGAACUAGCUCCUGCCAGGCAACGUCCUCUGGCAACCGGGCUGCUCCUCCAGAUCCUCCCGCCACCGUCGUGGGAGAAAGCUCAGAGGAGGGCCUCGCUUUCUGAUCACAGCUGCGCAGGUCUCUGUUGAAAAUGAUUAUGCAGGAUGCAGAUAUUUCAGUGGUCUGGGACAGAUUUGUUGAUGUUGCUUUAUUUUAGAAAAGGACCAUUCCUUUUCUAUACAGGGUUAAAAUGAUCUUUAUGUUGACAAAUAAUAAUAUUGAAAAGAAAAAAAAAGAAUGAAACCUGUACGCGAUACAAUGGAUAAGCUUUAUGAGCUCCUUGUUUUGGGUUUCCAGGCAGUGUAACAUUUCUAAGUUAAGGUCUUCUUUAGUUCUGUCAUUUCUUAAUCCAAAGAUAUAUAUUUGGCCAAACAUGAGUGCGAGAUGGGUCAGCCUUAAGGCAGGACAUCUCACUUAUUCUACUCUUAACUCUAUCUGAGAUGUGAUUUGUUGACUGACUGACGCCCCCCCACCUCACUCGCUGCACAUAUUUUCUGUUUCCCCAAAGAAGCCAUGACAUACACUUAUUAUUUGUUGAUCCUGUUUUUUAAACCUCUGGUGUGUGUGUGUGUGUGUGUGUGUGUGUGUGUGUAUAAUCUUUUGUCCAAAAUGAAACCCUUCUUGGAUAAGGUUGAUUGUUUGUUUUUAAGUAUUCAAAGAUAUUUAUCUGCAAUUCACCUGCAAUGUUUUACCUAACUUGACCUUGCACCUGUUUGCUGGUGUACAUAGCACGACAAAUCAGUUGGGGUACUCCUUUUUAUUUUUAUUUACCUAAUUUGAAAAAAAAAAAAAACUCAACACAAUGAAAUCACAAUCACAUUCAUUAUUGUAGACUGAAGGGAAUUAUCGAGUUGUUGGACUUGGGUAGCAUCAAUACCUAAAGGCUUCAGCUUAUGCAUUCCUGCUUUAAAUGUUGUACAGAUAUUGUUGUCAUUUUGUUUACUUGCAAAAAAAAAACCUUGUGCACGCAUGGAUACAAACCUUUUAUUCCUUGACGUUCUCAACGUGUGCUUGAUGGUAUGUUUAUAGUUUGUUGAGGUUUCACAGCCUAGUUUGACUACCUAACCAGUUUUAGUGGUGUAGAUUUGUCAUCCUUAAUGUUUCUCUAAAGAUUUUCUUUUUCUCUUGCCAAGCUGACAUGGUGAUGUUCAAAUAGUUUUAUUUCUGGUAGACAUGUUUGCACAAAUUGAACUGCUACUUUUGAGUCGCAAUUCUUAUUUUUAUAUUCACUUUUUGUACUUUAAGAGUAGUAAUGUGUAUUUUCUACAUUCUUUUUUCCAAUUACCUGCAACAUAAGCUAAAGAAAAAACCUGUUCCUUUUAGUUUUGUUCCAUCAUUAUAAUUUUAGGCAGGUGUUACAUGAGAUACUGUAUCGGGUGGAUUUUCUUAUGCACUUCCAGGAGAGGGUUUUAUAAGGAGGAGGAGACGUUUCUUCCAUACGUUAGUCCUGGGUUUAUUUUCUUUGACAGAAUUUUUGUUAAUGUAUGUGCACAUGGGUCGAAAGCUAACUAGUGUGAUGGUUUUGACUUACUGCUCCUAGUCCCACUAGCACCUGUCCUGGUGAAAUACUGAUGGCUUGAAAUAUUGUCUUUCCCAAGUAAGCCUCACUUUCGAUGUUUUAUGUGUGGACGUGCUGUGUUAUCUCAGGUUCUGUGUUAUGUCCACAUAAAUAUGAUUGAAAACA